ACUAAAAUCCGUUCCUCUCUUUCUCAGAUAACCUGAGGACAAUGGACGCUGAUGAGGGUCAAGACAUGUCCCGAGUUUCAGGGAAGGAAAGCCCUCCAGUGAGCGACACUCCGGAUGAUGGGGAUGAGCCCAUGCCGGUCCCCGAAGACCUUUCCACCACGUCUGGCGGACAGCAGAGCUCCAAGAGUGACAGAGGAGUGGUUGUAUAUGGGGCCGAUGGCUUUAGGGAUUUUCAUGCACUAAUUCCCAAAUCUUUCUCUCACUGUAAAUAUCCUCCUCCUCCCCCGCACAGAUGGCUGAUGACCUGGAGGACUUCCCCACCCCAACAGCAACCCAGCUGUUCUGGGCCAACAUCGCCACCUGGUGGGCAGGGUGGAGAAUUGCCCCACUCGCCUGACCUCACCUCUUUGUUUUCCUUCUUGAAAAUUAAAAAUACAUAACCUGUUUGACCCCCGCUACCUUCUCUAUCCCAGUUUGUGUUCCCAGUAACCUGAGGAAAAUGUAAA